ACUGGUGGACUUGACAGUAGAGUUCAGCUGAGACAACCGACUUCAACCAUUGAGAUUACUGAUGAUGACACUGGAGCUACUGUGGAACUAGUAACUGGUCCAUCGAGUGCAACAGAGGGUCAUGUUGUGAGCUUUUGUGCUGUCGUUAGCACAAAUGGCAUUGGGUGUGCUGUUGGAUUUGAUUUCAGCAUUUCUCUCUCUUUUCCGGGAUCA